CAGCGUGCAGCUACGUAGGCCGACAGCGUCACAGGUCAGAGGUCGGAGCGGAGCGGACCGGAAGUUGUUGGCUGCUCCUGCCGCUGCAGCACACAUCAGCUGUUUAGCAGGCUAACGCGCCUCUCAACGUGUCCUGGCUGUUUGUCACUGUAAAGGAAAAACAUGAAAACGCUCGAAACGUGCGAGAGAAGAAGACGGCACGUACAGGGAAAUGUUUUCCAACGGCGUCGCCUCUGAAGAAGCGGAUAAGCUCACGUAGAGGAACCCGGAAGUGCUGUCGGAGCUCCCAGCAGGCACGGACAUGAUGAGUGCCAAAUAUGGCCUGGUGAGCUACAACAGUUCACGGAAGCACAUUUCAAUCUCCAUCCCGUCGUCCACGGAGGUGAUGUCGCCGCACAUAAAGUCUGUGGACGAGCUGAGGGUCCUGGGAAUCAACCUGAGCAGCUUCAGUCCCCCCACACAGUUCUUGAUCUGUGUGGCUGGAGUCUUCCUGUUUUACCUCAUCUAUGGAUACCUGCAGGAGUUGAUAUUUUCCGUGGAAGGAUUCAAGCCUUUUGGUUGGUACCUUACUCUGAUCCAGUUCGGCUUCUACUCCAUGUUUGGACUAGUGGAACUUCAGCUCACGCAGGACAAACGCAGAAGGAUACCAGGGAAGACCUAUAUGAUCAUAGCAUUUCUAACAGUGGGCACUAUGGGCCUGUCCAAUACUUCCCUGGGCUACUUGAACUACCCAACACAGGUCAUCUUCAAGUGCUGUAAACUCAUCCCAGUCAUGAUAGGAGGAGUGUUUAUACAAGGCAAACGCUAUAAUGUGGCUGAUGUGUCUGCUGCUCUCUGCAUGAGUCUGGGACUCAUCUGGUUUACGUUGGCUGACAGCAAAGUGGCCCCCAACUUCAACGUCACAGGUGUUCUCCUCAUCUCCAUGGCACUGUGUGCAGACGCUGCCAUCGGAAACGUGCAGGAGAAAGCCAUGAAACUCCAUAAUGGCUCCAACUCUGAAAUGGUGCUGUACUCGUACUCCAUCGGAUUUUUCUACAUACUGACAGGCCUCCUCUGUGUAGGGGGACUGGGGCCAGCAGUGGCAUUCUGCUCAGAACAUCCCGUGAAGACGUACGGUUACGCAUUCUUCUUCUCUCUCACGGGUUAUUUCGGCAUCUCCUUCGUGCUCGCCUUGAUCAAGCUCUUUGGCGCCCUGGUUGCAGUCACAGUGACCACAGGGAGGAAGGCCAUGACCAUCAUACUUUCUUUCAUGUUCUUCGCAAAACCUUUCACUUUUCAGUACAUCUGGGGCGGCCUUCUGGUGCUCUUCGGCAUCUUCUUGAAUGUUUACAGCAAAAACAAGGACAAAAUGAAGCUUCCCUCCAUCAAGGACCUUAGGAGCUGGAUGCUGACGGGAAAGAAAGUCAGAUUUCUCUCACAAAACGUAUAGGAGGCACCCACGGGCGUAGCGGAAGUCCUGCGCUGGCAGACUGUUGGGUCUGUUCAGAAGUAGAGUUGGCCCGCCUGUCGCAGCGUGCAAAGGCACAUGUGACCGAGCUGCGAGCCACAUCAACACUGAGCCAAGGAUGGAUAUACAGGGUUUGACCAGCAAUCAGCCUGGAAAACUGCUGACACAGGAUUAAACCAUGACGGGUGACAGAGUUACUGUAUCCCCAACUAUGUACCAGUACACACUGGUGUAAAAAAACGCCUGAAAUUACUUAAACUCUCUGCAGCAGACUGAAAGAACAAACUAUUUUUUAACAAGGGGAUCAAUGCUAGUGGGCUCUUUUUUAAAGCAAUGCUUCAGAGCCCCACACAAACAUUCCCAACUUGGAGGACAACACUGAGGACUUUUCUAAAGGGAAGACGGCGCCUUAGUUAACCAAAUCGCACAGUUUUGCACUGGAACUGACUUGUACACUUAAACCCUUGAGUGGUUGGAGAAAUGUUGGAAGGAAAGGGUACAGAGCGACAUGCUAUCCUGUCAUGACUGAAAUGAAUGUCUGCCCCCCCCCCACACCCUAAAAGAAAACAUAAAUAUUGAGAAAAAAGGCAUAUUUUACCUUGCAUGUGCCAGAAUCAUUAGAGAAUCAUUGUCUUGAUGAAAGUGGCUUUUCUUUCAUAGUAAUUUAUAUCUUAUUCAUGAAAUAUCUGUGAUCAUUGGGUGACAUUAUGGGUAAUAUGGAGACACUUGCUCCUGUGAACAUCAAAAAUGUCAACUGCCAUAAUUUGAUAACCAUGUGUUUGGGUGGAAGGGUACCACUGUUUUUACAUUAAAACAAACUGAGACAUUCCUCUCAAAGUCCAGUUAUAUGUUUAUUUGUGUGU